CCGCCUCCGAUAUCAUCGGGGCCAUCGAACUCGACCCCUCCGACCGUCUCCUCGCCACCGCAGGAAUCGCCCGAAAGAUACGUAUUUACACUCUUGCCACUCUCCUCCCUCCCAACCCCCCUACCUCCGCAUGCGACUUCUAUCUCUGCACUCCCGCGAAGCUCAGCAGCCUCCGUUUCCGUCCCGCCGCCGCCUCCCUCCUCCUCGCCGCCGCCGACUACGACGGAGUCGUGACCGAAUACGAUCUCGAGACCCGCGCUUCGGUUUCGGAGCGCGACGAGCACAGCGGCCGGCGAAUAUGGAGCGUUGAUUUCUCCUCCGGCGGGGAUCUCGGCGCUUCCGGCUCGGACGAUGGGGUGGCGCGGGUGUGGGACCCGCGGUGUCACGAUAGGGGAACGGCGGUUCACGCGGGAACUUUGUGGGGAUGGAGGUAUGGGGGGAGGGGGGGCUUAUAGCCUCUGGUUCCGAGACGAAUGAGGUGUUUGUUUAUGAUUUCAGGUGGGGGGAGCCGAUAUGGGUUCGACGUUUCGGGAGGGUUGAAUCCGGGUUUGUGAGCGCUGUGUAUUGGCGUCGUGGUGGGGGCGGCGGCGGCGGCGGCGGCGGCGGUGGUGGUGAGUUUACGUUGAUUAUAAGGGGGUCCGAUGGGGUUCUAAAGUUUUUUUCUUGCCGGCGGAGUUAGCUGCCAGUUUGAUAAUUCUGUGGAAGUUUAGCUGCUUUUCCACCUAUAACUAUAUAUAUAUAUAUAUAUAAUGCGAACGUCUAGCCGUAGAGAAAUGUGUACUUUGAGCUUUAGGAGAAAAAUUAAACAAAGUUAUUGAAAUUGAUUUGCCAUUGUUGUUUCGACUCGAGUGAUUUUGCGAGUCAUUCUGAGAUUCUUAAUUUAAGAUGUAUAUGCAUGGG